AUGACUUUUAGAAAAACACUAGUCGGAUGCGUCACGGCCGCGCUGGCCACGGUCGGGCACGCGUCUCAGCCUGGAGCAGCCAAGCCAGUCGAGGCUCCGAUGAGGGAUCUCCAGUGGGCACAACUCAACUUUCUGCAUACGACAGACACCCACGGCUGGCAUGGUGGUCAUCUCCUAGAGUCACAGUACUCGGCAGACUGGGGUGACUAUAUUUCCUUCGCCGAGCAUCUCCGCCACCGCGCCGACCAGGAAGGCCGCGACCUGCUACUGGUCGAUACGGGCGACAGGAUUGAGGGCAACGGCCUUUACGACUCUUCGGAGCCCAAGGGCCGCUUCACCUACGACAUAUUCCGUCAGCAAGACAUUGACAUCAUCUGCACCGGCAACCAUGAGCUCUACCAAGCCGACGCUGCCGACCGCGAAUGGACGCAGACGGUCCCGAAUUUCAAGGACAAGUACAUCGCCUCCAACCUCGACUACAUAGACCCAGAGACAGGUGAGAAGAAACCGAUGGCACAGCGGUUUCGGAGGUUCAAAACAAAGAAUCAAAAGAUGGAUAUCAUAGCCAUGGGUUUCCUGUUUGAUUUUACCGGCAACGCCAACAACACAGUCGUCCAACCUGUCGAGGAUACUGUCAAGGAAGAGUGGUUCAUGAACGCGAUCAAGGAGAAGCCUGACAUCUUCGUCAUAAUUGGACACGUCGGGCUACGGAUGCAAGAGUUCAAGUACAUCUUUACAGAGAUCCGAAAGCAAAACUGGUUCACUCCAAUCGCUUUCUUUGGAGGACAUGCACAUGUCAGAGACGCCGUCAAGUUUGACGAUGGCGCUUAUGCUAUCGCAAGUGGUCGGUACUUUGAGACUAUAGGGUGGAUGUCGGUAGAUGGGCUCUACAAAGACUCUACCAAGGGCAAGACGCCAGUCAAGUUCCAGAGGAGGUACAUCGACAAUAACCUAUUGGGGUUGUACCACCACACUGGCCUCAACCAAUCUACCUUCCCUACCAAGAAGGGCCAAGAUGUCACUGAAAUGAUUACGGCUGCCAGAAAAGAGCUCAAGCUGGAUGAGAAGUACGGGUGCGCACCUCAGACAUACUGGAUGAGCCGCGCUCCUUACCCUGGAAAUGAGAGCCUGUAUACCUGGUUGGAAACGGAGGUGCUGCCUAAAGUCACUGUCAAUGAAGAGAGGAAAAACACCUCCCGGCUGGCGAUUUUGAACACUGGUGGGAUAAGGUUCGACAUCUUCAAAGGCCCGUUUACUAGGGACUCGACCUUUAUAGUCAGUCCUUUCACCUCCGGGCUGAACUACAUCAAAGAUGUACCAUACGAGGUUGCCCAAAAGCUCAUCAAGCUGCUCAACAAUGGCGGGCCGAUUUUUGCAGACGCACAAGGGGUGCCAGAUAUGCGAUAUAUGGCGUCACCAGAGCAGUGGUUUCGUACCGAGGACAUCAUCGUCACCGACUCGACAUCGACGGUCCCUCAAUCGUUCGCCGCUGAGGAUUAUGACCAGAAGCCUUUGAGUCAUCAUGAUAAGCACAAACCGGCCUUGGUCGGUGGCUACACAACCAAGGAUGACAUAUCUGAAGAUGGCGACGAUGCGGUGCAUUUGCCGUUAUCAUAUUAUAAAGUACCGAACUGUAUCCAGGCCGAGGUUGGCUUUCCUGUAGAUGAUGACGGAAAAAAGAAGAACCCUGAAAAGGUUGACGUUGUCUUUAUCAGCUUCAUCCAGCCAUGGGUUCUCCUCGCCCUCAAGUUUGCGGGAGGCGACUAUACGUCGGAUGACGUUGGUGUCUAUCGGAACGGCACCUUCACCGAGAUGAUGGCAGAGUGGAUCCAGGAGAACUGGAAGGGAGAUUGCUGA